AUGAAGUCAACCAUCUUGCUAGGUUCAUUUGUACUCUGUGUUCUCUAUCUAGAAGGGCAGUGUGCACCAGCCGGUCGGAAACUGCUGCAAUGGCAACCCCAAUGGCGUCAGGGGUACAAUCAGUGGAACCAGCAAUGGUACCAACAACAGCCACAGGCCCAGCGUCAGCAAACCCAGUGGAUGCUAGAUCCCGAGGAACGAUUCGAACAGCAGGAAGAGGUGCUGGAGAAUCAGCAGGAGCUUCGUGAGGAUGCCUUUGAGAACCAGCGAGGCCCUCUACGGCAGACAGCUAACGGACAGUUGGUCUACAACUCACAAUCUCGCGAGGUCGUUGUCGGUGCUGCUGGAAACGCUCCUGCCCCUUACAUUGCGCCAGGAGGAUCAACCUUCUCCUCAGAAGAUUACGGUUCCUAUGUCCUCUCAACAAUUCAACCAAAUGCUUAUUACAGAAAUGGUUAUCAACCUUGGAAUCCAAACCAGUGGGACUAA